AUGGCACCAGCAGCUGAGCAAUGCUGCCGUAACCCUCAUCUUGGUCACUGGCCCAAGAAACUUGGUGGGGACCAGCCUGCAAAUCUACCAGCAGCUGCCCCCAUACAACGGGGGCUGUCUUGCUCGGGGGAGAAACGCCGCCCCUCCUCGGAUCCCUGGCAUGGCGCGGGCACAGGAGGAAAAGCAACCACGGCCCUACCUACCGAACCCCGCUUCCCAGGGCGCUGUUACCGCUGUUCCCCGCUCGGGCCAGCCGGGGCUUGGGAGGGCAAACCGCUGUUCCCCGUGCUGAAGGGCAAACGGGCGCUGGGGAGCAGCGGGACGCCUCGUGGCUCCUGGGGCUCCCCCCCGCGCCUCACCCCCACCGCCAGGGCACGGGGCGGUGGCUCCCCGGACAUCACCGAGGAGGGGAAGCCGCACUCCCGCUACCCCCGGCCAAACACACAGCGCUGCCCCCGCGCCUCCCGUGCCCCGGCAGCGGGGCCGGCGCCCUCACCUCCGCAGCGGGGUUCAACAUGGCGCCUGCCGCCGGCCUCCUGCUCGCCGCCAUGUCCGCGGGCGGGCGGCUGCGGGCUGGCCCCGGCAGUGUCGCAGCGCCGCCGGACUCCGGGCUCGGGAGGCCCCGCUGUGGGCGGGGGGCCGGCGCGGGAGGUGCCUCCAGAGAGGCCACGUCCCGAUGUAUCAGAAAUAGCGUGGCCAGACGACCAGGGAAGUGUUUGUCCCUCUGUCCUCGGCACUGCUGAGGCCGCACCUCAAGUGCUGCGUCCGCGUCUCAAGUGCAGUCCAGUUCUGGGCGCCUCAACUCAGGAAGGACAUUGA